UUCUUUUUUUUCAGCUGAAAAAAAAGAAAAAAAAACACUGCUUUUGAAAUGCCCACUCCAAAGUCCCUCAUUCCUUCAAGUCCAGCUCCACUCUGUGCGUAAAAGCGACCACGAGCAACAUGAGCGACGUUGAGGAUGCAACCGCCUUCCUCGGGGAGUGGGGACGUUUCCAGCAGCAGGUUUUUCUUCUCCUCUGUCUGACCGUCAUUCCCAACGGUUUCACCGGCCUCUCCAUCGUGUUCAUCGCCGACACGCCGCCCCACCGCUGCCUCAUCCCGGCGCACGUCAACCUCACCGGCGCCUGGAGGAACAGCAGCAUCCCGCUGGAGGAGGAGAGCCACAGCGGCGCUCUGGUGCCCAGCAAGUGCUCCAGAUACAAACUUGAAGAUGUGCAAAGUUUCUCGGACAGAGGCUUGCUGCCUGGCGUUGAUGUUAAUCUGUCUCAUGUGGCUACGGAGCGCUGCUUGGACGGGUGGGAGUACGACCGGAGUGUGUACAUCUCUACCAUCACAACUGAGUGGGACCUGGUGUGUGAUGACGGAUGGAAGAACCCGUUGACUUCCUCUCUCUACUUCUGUGGCGUUCUCACUGGCUCCUUUAUUUCGGGACAGUUUUCUGACAGGUAUGGGAGAAAGAUUGUGUUGUGUUUGACCGUGGCCCUCCAGACGGUGUUUGCAGUCACUCAGGUCUUCGCUUCAUCCUGGGCCGUGUUCUGCGCCAUCUACUUUCUCAUUGGGAUGGCACUCAUCUCCACUUAUGUGACUGCGUUUGUGCUAGGAACAGAGAUAUUAGGUCCUCGUGUGCGGACCAUUUACUCCACCGCGGGUGUGAGUCUUUUCUUUGCUGGGGGCUACAUGCUGAUGCCGGUGGUUGCUUUCUUCGUCAGAGACUGGAGGAUGCUUCGCUUAGCCCUGGCCCUGCCUGGCAUCCUCUAUGUGCCUCUCUGGUGGUACAUCCCAGAGUCUCCUCGCUGGCUGCUCUCCCAGGGAAGAGUUGAAGAAGCCGAGGCCGUAAUAAGAGCUGCUGCCAAGAGAAACAAUGUUGAGCCCCCGCCGGUCAUCUUUGGUUCUUUGAAGAAAGAACUUCAAUCUGAGGGGAGGAGAGCCCACAACAUCUGUGACCUGCUCCGCUCUCGAAACAUCCGCUGGAUCUCUGUCACGCUGUGGCUGGUCUGGAACACCUUGACCAUCGCCUACUUCGCUCUUUCCCUGAACACGGCGAACCUUCACGGCAACGCGUACUUCAACUGUUUCCUGUCAGCAGUGGUGGAGAUUCCCGCCUACUUUUUGUCGUGGGCUAUGUUUCGCUGGUGUUCCAGACGACUGAGUCUUUUCUCAACCCUCUUCAUGGGAGGAGUGUUUCUACUCUUCAUACAGCUCGUACCAACAAACCUGAUUUAUGUAUCCAUAUCACUCGAGAUGAUGGGGAAGUUCGCCGUGACGACAGCAUUUGCUCUCGCGUACGCAUACACAGCAGAAGUCUACCCGACUGUACUGAGGAAUACGGCUGUGGGUGCCUGCUCAAUGGCCUCCAGGAUAGGCAGCAUCACUGCCCCAUACUUCAUUUACCUAAGAAGCUAUUCCAUUUCACUGCCUUACAUCCUCAUGGGAAGCCUCACAGCUCUGUCGGGGUUGCUGAGUCUCCUGCUGCCUGAGAGCUAUGGAAUGCCUCUGCCUGACACCAUCACUCACAUGCAACACUUCCCCGGAUGUUGCAAGAAGACACCUUACACACUCACGCACAGAGAGGAAAAGGAAAACAAAGCUGAAAGGAAGUCUCCAGUUGUCCCCUGAACAAGGAGCAGCACUGACAUCAGCCUUGAGGCAAAUAACUGAACAAAAAUCGUAUCUCUGCCCAUUUUGGCACUAUAUGUGUGAAAUGAUGCGACCUCAACAGGACGAAGGAACAUCACAGUUUUUCAAAUAAUAAUGAUGCUUUAAAAUAGCCUCACAAAACCGAAGCGAAAGUCAAAAUACUUUGAAUGGCCGCAUAUAACGAACUUGUGUUUUAUGACAGCAUGUACUUGAGCUGACAUGGACUCCUGAUGAAUCCCAUUAUCCCAGCAUGAUUUGACAAGAAGCUCUUUGGAACACUGUCAAAUCAUGCUGGGAUAACAUGCAUGAUGAGCAUGCAAAAGGGGGGAAAAAAAACAAACACAAAGAUAUUCUGAAAUCCCUCUUUUUAAAGAUUCAACCUUUCACUCAUUUUUGGGUUGAAUUUAUCUUUUUUAUUGGAAAUUAGCAUUAGAUUUGAAAAAAAUGGCCAAAUAGAAUUAUAUUGACUAGUGGCCAGUCUUGUUUUUUUUGACCCUACUGUACUAAGUUUGUAAUAUUCUGAUACCAAUUUAAUCAGAACCAAUGACCAAAUUUAGCAUUUUAUGGCAGGAAUGCACCUUUAGCUUCACAUUUCACACUUAAUUUGUGAAUAUGUUGUAUAGACUUUUGAGAUUUAUGAUAGCAUGCACAGAGUUCAGGCACAAGUAAGAGUAUGUAAGUGCUCUACAAGCUUUAUUUUCUUUAAAUUCACUUAAUGUCAUUAAGUAUAAUUAAGUAUACUUAUUCAUUCAUGCAAGAGAAGUUUUAGAGUCUACUUUCCACAACAAUCACAGGUUUUGAAUGUUCCGCUCGAGUGGUGAAUGGGCACGUUAUGCUAUUGGGACAAAAAAAAAAAACACACAAACAAACAACACACAAUGUUAGUUUUUGAACAUUUCUUCACUGCUACCAAAAUUCAUUAAUAUCUUCAUUGACAGUUCGCUGCAAAGACUGAUUCCACCAUUGUCACGUCCUCACAGUGUGAUCAUAUUGAUUUUUUUGGUGUUUAUUAUUAAAAUAAUCACCUGUGA